CUAAGUCUGAUUACCCUAAACAAACUCUUAACAAUGUCGAAUACUAUUGUGCAGUAUGUUUUACUUCGAAGUGAUUUAUUAAAAGAAUUAGGAUGGUCGAUAGGUUCUCUGGUGGCUCAGGCGUGCCACGCUUCUUCAGCGGUAUUGCAUUUAUACAAAGAUGAUGAACAAACCAUACAAUAUUUAAAUGAUUUGGAUAACAUGCACAAAGUAGUUUUGGAGGUACCCAAUGAAGAAGCCCUUAAAAAAGUAGCUGCCAAGUUAACAGAGAACUCUAUAGCUCACAAACUAUGGAUAGAACAGCCAGAAAAUAUUCCUACUUGUCUAGCCUUAAAACCUUAUCCAAAAGAAGAAGUUAAAAAAUAUGUAGGAAAAUUCAAAUUGUAUAAAGCUGGAAUUACUAAUUAAUAAAAACUUUGAAUAUGAUUUUAUUGAUUAAAUGAAUAUUGUUUUUUCUUAUUGUUAAAAAUUGCAA